UAUAUUUAUCAUCUCAAGUUCUAUUGUAUCUAUCAUAUGAAAAUUUUGAGCUCGACGAUUAUAUCUCCGUAUAAGAAAAAUAUAAACAGUAGAGUGACCUCUAAGGAUAAGCGGAUAAAUCUUGUCUGCAGUAGAACCGUGUCCUCAAAGAUUCAAUCAUAAUGUGUGCGGUUUGAGCGUAAAUAAAAUGCCCGAGUUUAAUAAACCUAACAUUUUAGUUCAGUUAAAAUAUUACGCAUAAUAAAGGACAAUAACGAAAAAUUUCAAAACAGUUGUAAUGUCGCAAAACGAUAUAAGUGACGAUGAAACGGAUCUGCGGAGGCCUCGGGUGUUUUUCAAGACAGGUUUAGAACAGAUCGCUCACUGCAGCUGUAGCAACUCAGUUGUGCCCAGUCCGAUCAGUCCUAGCUCCUCUGUCUCGAGUUCCAUGAUAUUCGGACAGAUCACCGAUGAUGUGCUCCGCGCCUGGAGUCAAUUGCCGGAGACGAUUCGCCUGGAUCCCAGGUUGGCGGUUUUCCAGAGAGAAUGCGACCGGAUAGCGGAGGCGAGAUCCAUGGAUUGCAUGAAGAAAGACUGCCUCGUUGUGAACAUGUGCCCGCAUCCUGUGACGCAAAUCAGUGAUCCAAAUCAAAUUCAAACAAUUCAAAGCAACGUCGACGAGGACGGGCAGGAUAUUCACACGCAGGAGAAGCAGAAGCCGAUUUGUCGUUACUCGAAGUUAAUCGUGCUCUCCUGCUGUUGGCUAUUUUUUACAAUAAUACUCAUGUUCAAAUCUGAGAAGAUCGAGACAAUGCAUCGGUUUUCCAUUUCUAAUGGGCAAAUUAAGAAUUGUCAAAUUAGCGAGUUUAUUACGAACGAGUUGAUUAGCAUAAUGGUGGAAGGACCAAUGUUGCCCUCGGAUAAAGUCGAACAGCACACGAAUUUAUCUACGCACCACUUAAUGAUAUGGCUUGAACUUUUUAUAGACGAGAAUCCGUCCUAUGCCAACUUGGAGAACUUGAAGAACAUAAACGACGUGUGGACCUUGUCGUUACUGCCCGAAAACUUGAGGGACAUUUUUCCUGAGCAGAAGCAGGAAAGAACUUUUAAAAUAAACGUCGAUAGCGAGGCACUAUCGCGCGGUGUAAUGUUUAUCAAGUUACGUACAAAUUCAGAGUCAAAUUUUUCGUUUUCCUUAGCUUACACUCUGUCGCCGAUGAAUGCCGAUGCCGGCAUAAUAUACGCCGCUUUCCUUUUAAUUGGCCUCUACAUCAUGAUUAUUUUCGAGGUUGUGCAUAGAACUUUGGCUGCUAUAUUAACGUCCAUGGCGUCUAUUGCGAUAUUGGCGAUUUUAAACGAGCGACCACGUAUGGAUGAAAUAAUUUCUUGGAUAGAUAUGGAUACGCUAUUGCUAUUGUUCUCUAUGAUGGUGCUAGUAGCCAUUAUCGCUGACACCGGCAUAUUCGACUGGCUAGCAGUCUACGCUUACAAGAUAACUGCCGGCAAAUUAUGGCCGAUGAUCAUAGCCCUAUGCUUCUUUACCGCUUUUCUGUCAUCGAUACUGGACAACGUAACGACCGUGUUGUUAAUGACACCAGUGACUAUCCGAUUGUGCGAGGUGAUGGAAUUGAACCCAGUCCCGAUCUUGACCGCUAUGGUGGUCUACUCCAAUAUCGGAGGCGCGAUGACACCAAUUGGCGAUCCACCGAAUGUCAUUAUCGCUUCCAAUAAAAAUGUCAAAAAUGCCAAUAUCGACUUUGGCACAUUCUCGUUGCACAUGAGUAUCGGGGUGAUACUGGUGUUGGUCGUGAUUUCUGCGCAAAUCCGUUAUAUUUUCCGAGAUAUCGCAGCUCUCAGAUUCAACGAGCCACAAGACGUACAGGAUCUGAGACACAUGAUUGCCAUUUGGCAACGAGCAGCGGCGAGUCUGUCCAGUUACAGCAAGGACGAAAAUCUGGUGAGGGAGACGUUGUUGAAGAAAGUGCAACGUUUACUGUCGCAACUAAAGAGGAAGUUGAUAACAGGAAGCGCAGCGUUAGAAAAAUAUAAAACCACGCUCGAGGAAUUACAGGAAAAAUAUCCCAUCAGAGAUAAGUGGUUGAUGGCAAAGUCGGGAUUUGUGCUGUCUUUUGUCAUCACGCUUUUCUUCCUGCAUAGCGUGCCUCGUUUGCAUCUAUCUCUGGGCUGGAUCGCCCUAGUCGGAACCUCGCUGCUUUUAAUAUUGGCCGAUAGCGAGGAUUUCGAUGGGCUUAUGGCGCGCGUCGAAUGGAGCACGUUAUUAUUUUUCGCAUCGUUGUUUGUUCUCAUGGAGGCUCUCUCGCGUAUGGGUCUCAUCACUUGGAUUGGCAAACAAACCGAAAACUUUAUUCUGUCGGUUAAUGAAGAAUCUCGAUUAGCAGUUGCGAUACUGUUAUUGCUCUGGGUAUCGGCUAUUGCGAGCUCUCUCGUCGACAAUGUACCGCUCGCUACCAUGAUGGUGAGAAUCGCGUCGAAUCUCGCGCAAAAUCGUGAGCUCAGCUUGCCUAUGCAACCCUUGGUAUGGGCAUUGACAUUUGGCGCUUGUAUGGGAGGUAAUGGAACUUUGAUUGGAGCUACUGCCAACGUUGUUUGCAUGGGUGUCGCGGAGCAACACGGCUACAGAUUUAGCUUCAUGCAAUUCUUCAAGGUAGGAUUUCCCAUCAUGAUAACAAGCACCAUAACAGUAACAGUAUAUCUGCUAAUUGCCCACGUAAUCUUCGACUGGAAUGGAAAGUAAAUAUAAUGAAGAAUGAUAUGAGAGCAAAGAUUUGUUCGAUGUACAAGAAACAAUGUAUAUCGUACAUUUGUAGAAAUGUUUAAUAUAUAAUGCCCUCUAAGAGCAAAUUAAUACAAUUACGUAACAUUAUCAAAUAAUUCUUAAGAGAAUUAUUAUGAUUUAAGUUCCGAUAGACAGAAUUAUUCAUUUAACGCGAUACAAUAUCU